UAAUCAAUUUCAGUUGAGAACUAUAUAUUAAAAUAAAAAUAGAGCAGGAAUAAUAUCACUUAGCCAAUUUAAGGCAUUAAGCACAUCAUAUAUGCAGCCACAAAAAGAGAAUAUGGAGAUCAUAAAUGAGGAUAUUGUUAUAGUUGGUGCUGGACUUGCAGGACUUGCUACUUCUUUGGCACUUCACAGGCUCGGAAUUCGAAGCAUAGUGUUGGAGUCAUCAGAUUCAUUAAGGACAACAGGAUUUGCACUUGCUUUAUGGACCAAUGCAUGGAGGGCAUUGGAUGCUCUUGGUGUUGGAGACUCCCUUAGGCAACGUUCUCUCCACUUUACUAGGUUUCAAGCAUUUUCUGCAGACUCAGGUCUGCCUACUGCUGAAAUUUCCCUCGAGGCAGAUGACAAACCAAUUGAUUAUGAUAGCCGUUGUAUAAAAAGGCAGGAGAUAGUGGAAACUUUAGAAAAAGAACUGCCUCCAGGAACUAUUAAAUAUUCUUCAAGAGUUACUUCCAUUGAAGAAUCUGGACUAUACAAAUUGGUGCAUCUUGCAGAUAAAACUGUUCUUCGAACAAAGGUGUUAAUAGGAAGUGAUGGUGUAAACUCAGUGGUGGCUAAGUGGAUGGGGCUUCCAAAACCAGUUGAUGCAAACCGUUCAGCAAUUAGAGGAUAUGUUGAGUAUCCAAAGUCCCAUGGAUUUGAACCCAAAUUUUGUGCUUAUUUUGGAAGUGGAGUUCGUAUUGGUUUUCUACCUUGUGAUGACAAGAGCUUGUAUUGGUUUUGCACUUUUACUCCAUCUGCUGUUGACUAUGAUGAAAACAUUGAAGGAAGUCCAACAAAAAUGAAGCAAUUUGUGCUAAGUUUGGCUAGAAAUGUGUCAAAAGAAGCCUACAAUAUCCUAGACAGAACUUCAUUAGAUAGCCUAUAUUGCGCAAAAUUAAAAUUAAGAACCCCAUGGAACAUUUUAAUGAAAGACAAUAUUGUCAAAAAUAACACUUGUUUAGUUGGUGAUGCACUUCAUCCAAUGACACCUGAUAUUGGUCAAGGUGGAUGUUCAGCAUUAGAAGAUAGUGUUGUUCUUGCAAGGUGCAUUUCAGAGGCUAUUUUUGCAAAAAGUUUACAAGAGGGUGAUCAAUUGUGCAAAAGUAUUAAAGUUGGUUUGGAGAAAUAUGCAAAAGAGAGAAGAUGGAGGAUUUUUAGCCUUAUUAGUACUUCAUAUUUGGUUGGUUUGGCACAAGAAAGUAAUGGGAAAGUGAUUAGUUACUUGAGGGAGAAAUUCUUGGCUCAAUUUACUAUUGAGACGAUGUUGAAAAUGGGCGAUUUUGAUUGCGGAAAAUUAUGUCAAAAGUGAGUAACUGUUCGUUGGAACUAUCGAUUGUUUUAUAAUUCUUGUUGUUCACAUGAUCUUUGGUGAAGUGAAGAUGUCAAAUUAUGUGAUGAUUUGGUUGUUGAUUUUAUGAUCAAUGAGAAAUAAAGUCACCUAGAAAAAUAUUUAAAAAGAUUAUUGUAAGAAUUUAUUAAGCUUGUAUGGAAGUCCUAUAUUCGGUUUAGCACUUAGCUAGUAGCUUUAAAAUUAAGGUUGCAAUUAUUGUCAUUGUAUUAUAAGUUAACUCCCUUCAUUUGAAUUUCAGUGUAUUAAUUUCCUUUUUAGCGUGUCUUAAAAGUAAAGUCUUUUUCUGUAUUCGAUAACUGAUCUCUAAUUUAAACAUUGUACUUGACUGAUUUAAUUAAAAUCACAAAAUUCAAGUA